CCUCGCCCCGUCCCCCCCUCCACCUUAGGGCCCGGGUCAUCUUCACCCCGCCGUCCGCCUCCCCCAUCCUUCGGAGGGGCAUCCGGGCCCGCAGGGUGCCGGCCGGCUCGUCCGGCCUCGCCGACCACGGAGGGAGGGACGGGGGCCCGGGCCCGGAGCCGGCGGGGCAGAUCUCCGACCCGGGUCCGUCCCAUCCCUCGCGGCCCCCCUAGGUCGCACGUGGCCGGCGGGAGGAUCGGGCGAGGGUUGGGGUCUCCGCGCCAGGCGGUCCUCUGUCCUCUCCCCGAUCAGGCGGAGGAGGGGCCGGGGGAGCCAUGGGGAGCCUCCGGGAGCUCCAGCACCCGCUGUUGCCCCCGCCCGCCCUGGGCGCCCCCCAGCCCCUGGACGCGGGCAACCUGCCCCCCGCCCUGUACCCGUCCCUGAGCCCCCUGCGAGGGGCCGCCUACAGCGAGACGGCCUUCGGGGACGGGCCGCGGCCCUGGAGGCCGGACCUGGUGGACCUGCACACCGUCAGCUCCAAGCUGGUUCAGCCCGGAGUCGCCGUCCCGGAGGACGGCUCGUCCAGCGACGGCGACUCGGACUGGGACGGGGACCCUUCGGCGCUGCUGCCCCAGGACUACUUGGGCCUGGCCGUCUUCUCCAUGCUCUGCUGCUUCUGGCCCCUCGGCAUCGCCGCCUUCUACUCCUCUCAGAAGACCAACAAGGCGACGGCCACGGGAGACUUCCGGCAGGCCGGCGUGGCGUCGCGGCGGGCGUUCCUGCUGGCCGUCCUGGCCGUCGUGGUGGGCGCCUGCACCUACGUGGCCGCCCUGGUGGUGGUGGUGGCCUAUCUGUCCUCCAAGGACCCCCCCUAGGGCCCCACCGGUGCCCCGGACUCGCGGACGCUCGGCCGAGAGAGGGGGGUGCGGGGGGCGGCCCGGCUCCAGGGCGGGGGCGGCCGCCCCCGCCCCCCGCCGCAGCGGCCUGGCACCGGACGCGGGCGGAGCGGGGACGAAGGCAGCCGCCGGAGCGCCGACUCCACGUUUCGGCUCCGGGGCCCGGCCGCGGAGGCGGGAGGGUGACACGACCCGCCGCCCCGCGGCGGCCCGGGGGAGCCCGCUGAGGGGGCCGCGCUGGGCAUCUCCCUUCCGUGCGUCCCCUCCGCCGGGCGCCGGCCGGGGGAGGGGUCGGAGGGGCCCAACCCGAACAUUAAAAGAACACGACGAAACAAAAAAGCA